UAUUCCUUUUGAAGCAUCAUCGUCUCUUGGUUCUCUCUCACGCUCUCCUUUCGUGAUUCCCUUCGCUCUCUUUGCUCGAUCUCGAAUUCCCUCUUCGUCUCCUUCGCAGCCCUAAAUCUCUUCAGGCGAUGACGAUGGGGUCUGGAGGAUCGGGCGUCGUAGUACCCCGGAACUUUAGAUUGCUGGAAGAGCUUGAGCGUGGAGAGAAGGGGAUUGGAGAUGGCACAGUUAGCUAUGGAAUGGAUGAUGGUGAUGAUAUUUACAUGCGGUCUUGGACGGGUACCAUAAUAGGUCCUCACAAUUCUGUUCAUGAAGGCCGGAUCUAUCAGCUAAAGCUUUUCUGUGAUAAAGAUUACCCUGAGAAGCCUCCUAGUGUUCGCUUUCACUCUCGGAUCAACAUGACAUGUGUAAACCAUGAAACUGGAGUGGUCGAAGCAAAGAAGUUCGGUAUGCUGAUGAAUUGGCAACGAGAAUACACCAUGGAAGACAUAUUGACCCAGCUGAAGAAGGAGAUGGCAGGACCACACAACCGGAAGCUGGUUCAACCUCCGGAAGGUAGCUUCUUCUAAUGGGAGUGAAGAAUUCAUACCAUAUGCUACGACAUUACUAUGACCGAAUCAGUCCUAUAAAAUCUAAGAACUGGAAGAUUUUCCUUGUGGCCAAUGUUUAACAACUCUGGCCUUCUAUAUACCUUUGAAGAAGAGGGGAAAAAAAAAAGAUGGUGCAAGAAGGGGGUUGUUUGUUUUGAGUGUUAAAACUCUGCUUUCUUGUAUUUGCUUUGAACGUUUGGUAUAACUUUCUAUGGAUGGUUUGUUUAUUUUGCA